AUGAGCGAACCCAGCGCGUUCGCUAACCAGGCGGCCCGCCCUCCAGCAACACCUAUCUAUAUCCUUCGUGGACAUGCAGCCCCAAUCCAUGCGCUGCAUCUGUUCAACCAAAAUUUGCGGCUAAUCUCAGCCGACGCCGAUGGGUGGAUAGUUGUCUGGGACCUGGUGAUGAAACGUCCAGUGGCCGCAUGGAAAGCGCACGAAGGGGCAAUUCUUGAAGUCAAGGGGUUUAGUUCCGCUGCAAGAGCAGAAACAGACGUAUAUACACAUGGAAGAGAUCAUAAACUGCGAGUGUGGAGAUUCCGCCGCCAGGACGAAGAAGUCCUCCAGAAAACUCUGCCCGUCGAUAUCGGCGACGGACCUCAGGCAAACUCCGCCAGCCAGCCCUGGCUCAUGCAUUCUCUUCCUGUGAACGCGCUGAACUUUUGUGCGUUCUCGCUGCUCUUUCUAAGAGAGAGCGCGUGUGCGGAUAGCAGUGAAGGCGCCAACGUGGCGGAAGAAUCCGCAGAUGCGACGCCGCAGGACGCGCCCCGGUCGCCUGCGCUCAUAGCGGUUCCUAACGCCCUGAACUCAGGCGCUAUCGAUCUCUUCCACCUUCCGCUCGAGAGGCGAGUGUGUACCAUUCCAGCGGAUAUGACUACGGAUACCGGAAUGGUCAUGGCUGCUCAUUUGUUCACGGGACCGCCUGGGGACCUGUAUGUUGCAUCUGCGUACGAAGAUGGGCACGUCGUGCUUUUUGCCCGCCGAGGUCUUGUUAAAGAACAAGAUAUCUUACAGGGAACUACCGCUUCCUGGAAGUGGGAGAAGCUCUAUGCCUGUCGACCUCAUAGUCAGCCGGUCUUGUCUAUCGAUGUCUUCCCCCAGGAGGAUUAUUUCCUCUCCUCGUCUGCUGAUGCGUUGCUGGUGAAGCAUCCUAUUCCCCGCUUGGGUGAGGGCAGUCACCCAUCGGCAAACCGGCCGGAGGAUGCAGUCUUGAAGACGGUUAAUACAAAACAUGCGGGCCAGCAGGGUAUCCGCAUCCGAUCUGAUGGGAAGAUCUUUGCGACGGCGGGGUGGGAUAGUAGGAUUCGGGUGUACUCGUGCAAGACCAUGAAGGAACUUGCAGUGUUGAAAUGGCAUAAAGAGGGAUGUUACACGAUUGGGUUCGCGGAGGUCCCUACUGUUGCACAAUCAAAUGAUUCGCCUACGAAGGACUCAAGCGGCGAAGGAGUCAAAAACGAUUCACACGACAGCCAUCAACAGGUUACAACACGAAGGGACAAUGCCUAUACCUUCGCAGCUGUGCAGCGUCAGAGAAACAAAAAGGUGCAAACUACCCACUGGUUGGCUGCUGGGUCAAAAGAUGGUAAGAUUUCAUUAUGGGAUAUCUACUGA